ACACUUAUCCCUUCUGUCUCUGACUUUCUCUGUUAAAAUGAUUAGGAGAGAUAUAUUGUAAAAUUAAGGUAUCCUAUCGUUUUACGCUGCAUAAUUUAUCAUUGCCAGAUUGGACUUUUUGAAGCAAACAACCAUCAUACUGUCUGCCAUCUUGACAGUGUAUUUGGUAUUUAAUCGGUUUAACUGGUCAGUCACUAAAUUAAACACACCGCGGUUUUAGACUACACAGUAAGCUUAGCAGGAAGAGGAACUGCUUGAGACGCUACUGACAGUAACAACUUUUCCGAGAAGCAGGAUGCAAGAAAACCUCACAUUUUAUUCAGCAUCAAAAACAAUUCUAACAUGAGCUUAUUUACCAUUUUUAUUCUCACCAUUUGCUGUAAGUAUAUUUCUUAUAACCUCUUUCAUUAUAUUAUGGAUUUUUGUGCAGAAUAAAUCUAUGAAUUUAUGUGCAUAAUAAAUCAUUCCUAAAAUAUUGAAAUAAUUUAUUAACCUUUAGUAAUGUCUUGUAAUAUCAAAUAUCACAUAUUUUAUUUUCACUGAGUAAUAGUAGUGUUUUUCUGUUCUGUGUGCAGGUGUUGCCAGUCAGGCAUACAGGCAUUUUAAUGUUAAAAGUGGAGCAUCUGUCACUAUCCCAUGUGCUUAUGAUAGGAAGUAUGUAAAGUAUAAGAAAUACUGGUGCUCUGGUAGAGACUACACUUCCUGCACAAUUCAGGCGUAUAUCAAUCAAACAAAAGGAAAAGUGACAGUGACUGAUAACCCAGCUGAAAGUCUCUUUUCUGUGACUAUGAAUAAUCUCCAGGCAGGAGACACUGGACGGUACUGGUGUGCUGUAGAGAUAUAUGUAUUACCAGAUGUUAAUGAAUAUCUUUAUAUCACAGUAAAACCAGACCCUGAUCUGUCUGUGAAGGAGAGCAGAGUGAGAGGUGAGGUAGAAGGCAGCAUCACAGUCCAGUGUCUUUACAGAGAGGCAUAUAAGGAUAAACAGAAGCAGUGGUGCAGAUUCAAAGACAAGAACUGUAACACAUUUAGGGACUCUAAAGCAUCCCAGAAUUCAGCAGUGCAGCUCAUAGAUGAUGGAAGAGGAUCAUUUAGUGUGGAGAUGAGUAGACUGAAGAAGAGUGAUGCUGGCUGGUACUGGUGCAGUGCAGGGGAUCUGCAGGUUCCUGUUCACAUCAGUGUCCGUGAUCCACCUCCCGUUGUGACUAAAACAGUGACUACAACCACUCACCAUGUCAGUAUUUACAUAUCUGUUCCAGCGCACAUUUCAGCAGCACAUGCGACUACAGUUUCUGUCAGUGAGGAAACCACUGGGAGCAAGACCUUGAAGAUCUGGUACCUGAUUUUCUUUUUUCUUCUACUGGUGAUACUGAUCAUCAUCAUAUGCAUGCUAAGAAUGAAAUGCAAAUUUUUAAAAGCAGAGGAUCAAAUUAGGACCAGAACAAGGAGCAAUGACACCACUCUUCAUACCUUUUCAGCAUCUAAAGAGCAGGACGUUACCUACCUAAAUUUUACUUGCAAGAAUAAAACUGUGUCUCCAAAUGAUGAUGAUGAUGAUAAGAUCAUCUACAGCUCUGUGGUUUGCCGGAGCUGAUUUUUCAUGGUGAAAGAGUUUAUCCUGAUUCCCUUGGAUGCCUAGAAAAGGCCAGCACAACUAAAAGCUGUUCACAUGCGGCAGAGCCAAACAGAGCUUCUUAAUGGCUGGAAAGCAGCUGUCUGUGGCACAAACAAGAGAAUCAUCUUCCUCUUUAUAUGACCAGCAGCCUUAUGUUGUCUAGUACAGACAGUAAUUCUGGAGAUUACUUUGGCUUGAGGUUGCAAUGUGGAAAUUCACUUUGAAAGCUGGCUGUUCUAUUGUUGCAAACAUGCUGUAGAUACUGUAAAUAAAAUUAUGAAAGUAAAUUAAUAUGAUGACAAGCUUGUCAAGAGUUUUCUGUUAGACAAGAUGCACAAGUGAUAGAUGCACAUCUGACAUGCUGGCAGGCUUAUUUGCUGAGAGUUUGUUUUGCUGUGGUUUUUCGAAGACUUCCUGCUGUCUCAGUUUUGUCGUGAUACUGGUUCUCAUUAACCCUAAAGAAUAAUACAAAUAUUUUUCUAUGUAAUCUGAAAAAUCUCACAACUGUCAGAAUUAU